CAGGGGGCGGGAGGCCGGCAAGAUGGCGGCGGCGGCCUGAGGGGCAGCGGGAGGCGGGAGCGAUGUGGGGAGCCCUGAGGGGAGCGCGGCCGCCGCCCCCGCCCGCCCUGCGCAGGGGCCUGGCCAAGGCGGCGGGUCCGCGGAGCGUCCGCCAGCUGCGGGAGGCCGAGGAGGCCGCCCCCGUCUUCCAGUACGCGGGGAAGGCGGCCAAGCGCAAGGACCGCGUCUUCGUGUGGGGCUUCAGCUACUCGGGCGCCCUGGGCGUCCCCAGCUUCGUGCGGCCGGACGCGGGCUGGAAGAAGCCGCGACGGAUCCAGUCCACGCCAUACCGGCUGGAGACGGCGGAGAAGAUCUCCUCUGCUGCCUGCGGGUACGGAUUCACGCUGCUCUCCUCUUCCACCACGGACAUCAUCAAGGUGUGGGGCAUGGGGCUGAACAAGGAUUCCCAGCUCGGCUUCCAGAGGAGCAGGAGAGAUCGCACUAAAGGCUAUGAAUAUGUCUUGGAACCAUCUCCAAUUCCAUUACCACUGGAGAAGCCGCAGCAGACUCGAGUCUUGCAAGUGUCCUGUGGGAGAGCCCAUUCCCUGGUCCUGACAGACAGCGAAGGAGUUUUCACCAUGGGGAACAAUUCUUAUGGACAGUGUGGCCGUAAGGUUGUUGAAGAUGAAACUUACAGUGAAAGCCAUCUAAUUCAUCAGCUGAAGGAGUUUGACAGCAGAGUUGUCCAGGUUGUGUGCGGGCAGGACCAUAGCCUGUUUAGAACCAAGAAAGGUGCGGUCUAUGCGUGUGGCUGGGGAGCUGAUGGACAAACAGGUCUUGGACACUACAACAUCACCAGUGUUCCUACUAAGCUACGUGGUGACAUCGAUGGAGUGAACAUUAUCCAGGUCUCUUCCUAUGGGGACUGUUGUCUGGCUGUUUCAGAUGAAGGAGACGUCUUUGGCUGGGGAAAUUCAGAAUACUUGCAGUUGGCAUCUGUGACAGAAACCACUCAGGUGAAUGUUCCCAGACAUUUGCCGUUCAAGAUUGGGAAGAUAAAGGAGGCUGCGUGUGGAGGGACUGGCAAUGUCGUGCUAACAGAAGAAGGAAAUGUUUUUGUCUGGGGAUAUGGAAUUCUUGGGAAAGGACCAAACCUAAUAGAGACAGCAGUGCCAGAGAUGAUCCCACCCAGUCUUUUUGGCUGGUCGGACUUCAAUCCAGACAUCCGUGUUGCUCACGUUCGCUGUGGACUCAGCCAUUUUGCAGCACUCACAAACAGAGGGGAGCUGUUUGUAUGGGGCAAGAAUCUAAGAGGGUGCCUGGGAACUGGAAGAAUGGAAGACCAGUACUUUCCAUGGAGGGUUACGGUACCCGGCGAGGUGGUGGAUGUUGCGUGUGGAGUGGAUCAUAUGGUGAGCAUGGUUAAGUCUUUCAUCUAGGCAUGUUGUUGGGCCUCAGCACUGCGCUAAGAUGAUGGGGGACUUGGUGACGAGCUUCUUGGAAAGGAAGACUCGUUCCGUGAAGCCAAGCAAGAAGUGACUGCGAGCAGAGGCAGCCACAGCAGUGCGUGCUGUCAUGUCCGUGUUGUUGAAACGCUCCAGCCCGCCUGCAGGAAAGAUCUGUGUUUCCCUGAGGAGACUGGAAAUGAGGGGAGAGCUCUGGUUGGUUCAUGACGAGCUCCCAAAGCCUCCGAGACUCAGCCCACAGCUGCUCAUUCCCUCGUGUAAGUAUGAAGAGCAGCUCCCUCAGGGAAAACUGGCACGAGGUGGAAUUUGUAGCACAUUUAUGGAUGCUUUCCCUGUCACCAGCUCCGGCGUGUCAGUGUUGGGCUGAGCCAAACCAUUUCUCCAGGGAAAGGGAUUUUUAAUAACUAUGUUUUAUGUGGAAGAAAAGUCAUGCUGGCUGCUGGAUUCCAGCACGGCUGUCCUGGGUGUCCCCUGCCAGCUGCGCCCUGCCCAGGCUGCUAUCACCACAGAAGCUGAUCACGCAGCCGCUGUGCUCUUCACCCAGGACAUGGUGGCUUUUUGCGUGGACUCUGAACGCCCAAGGAACAUGUUUGUUACACUGGAAGGGUGAGAACUCAUCUGCAAGGGGAAAGGACUGUUAACUAAGCACAGGAAGAUAAAUCACAGGCUGUCUGUGCUGCCGUUGCUGUGCAAGGAGACUGAUGGUGGCAGUAGCCAGUGGAGCCUGUUCAUGGGGUCAGCUGGAAUGAAGCUCCUCCUGGCUCCAGCAGGGUUGGUGCUUGUGCAGUGGGCACGAGCAGCGCUUGCUGCUCAUCGGGUACUUGUGUCUUCAUGCACUGAUCACAAACAGCGGCCUUAGAUUAUUUUUUGGGUGUCCCUGUGCUCUCUGUCUUCAGGUGUGUGGUGGCUCUUAGUUGCAAAGAGCCCUUUUAAAUAAGCCAGGUUUUUUGGUAGUGCCUAGCAGGGGAAAGAGUCGUAAUGGGCAAAAUCCAAGCUAAUAUAUUUUUAAUAAAGUGAUUAUAAAGUCUUUA